UCAUAAUGUGUUCAAGUAAAGCAGAUUUUGAUUAUUUUGAACACGAAUUUAUUGAACUUGUAGGCCAGUUUCAAUCAUUGUCGCUUUGUGAAAAGCAACUUCGUGAGGAGCUACGAAAGGAGGCAGGUCGUGCUGAGAAGGCGGAGGCGGAGCGCAGUGCAGCAGAGCGCUUGGCGCAGGAGCUGCGGGCUAACGCAGCAGCCGCCGCUGCUGGAGCUGCCCAGGCGACCAAGGCGCUGGCUGCCAAACAAGAUGAACUCUUGAAAACGCAGAUGCAACUUGAAAUUUCGGAGCGCGAGCGAAACAUUUUCAAAGAUAAAUGCAUGGAAAUGACAAAUAAAGCUAAUGAAAUGGAUAGAGAGCUGCAAAACUUACGUCCGCUACAAAAACAACAAGCAAACCUGCAGCGGCAGUACAUAGAGCUUCAAGAGCGCAUACAAGCUGCAACCACUGAUGCUCGCAGUGAAGCAUCAAAACUGGAGAAUGAACUGCGAAGAGUGGAGAGAUGUGCAAGCGCAGGGUCUGAGGUUCGAGAGCGCGCUCGGCUCGCGGCCGCCGCGCAUGUUCGCGAGCGCCGCCUUGCCGCAGCAGAGAUGCAACAGACCUCACAGGAGUUAAAGACGGCUCAUGUGGAAAUAAUCCGACUGGGUGUGCUAGUAGCUGAUUUGCAGCAACAACUAGCUAAUGUAGAACAAGCCAAAGACAACAAAGAUUGGAAUGUCAACCAAGGGAACAUAGACGAGCUACGAGGUGCUCUGGAGGCGGAGCGCGCCGGCUGCGCCCGUUUGGAGAAGGCUCUAGCGGCGGCCGUGGCGGAUAAUGCAACUCUGGCCGCCCAACUGAGAGCCGUAGACAGCAGGACCGAAGAAACUCUUACAACCCCCCCCAGUGUCUUUACAACCGACAUUUGUCCUAUAGAUUUGUUUCUUGCAGAUUAA